UUGAAGGUUGGAAUAUCAAAGAAUCACUUUUGAGACAUGAGGAAAAAACAUCAUAUGAGCCACAUUAUGCAAAUCGAUCUUACGAUUAGAAAAUUGGCAGUUUUGGAAUAUCUAUCUCUUAAUGGGACAUGCAUUAAAAACAUCUAAUUUCAAAUCUUUCACUUACUGUGAAUGGAUGGGGUGCGACAUACGUGUUGCACUAUGCCUUUAUAUAGAAACUAAUUACCUAUUUUCGCAAGAUAAAUUCCUAAUGAAACCUAUGGAAAAUCCAGUUGCACCUGCUUUACAAUCUAAGGAGUCUUAAGGGGAAUUAAUACAACUCCUUUUGACUCGAUUUUGUUAUCUUUUAUUGGCUUAUUUGGUAGCAAACUUAUUAGCUCAUGCAACUGCUUCUCUAUCCUAUCAAGCUAUUGUAAUCCAUCCUGGUAAAAAUCAUAGGACAUAAACACCAGAACCAUGAUCCAUUUUUCUCUGUGAAGCAGGCUCCAACAAAUAAGGUUGGCUGCAGGUAUCAGGGGAACAAGAUGAGAAUUCUCAAGAACAUUAGCGGCAUCCUUAAACCUGCGAGGAUGACACUAUUGCUAGGUCCACCGGGAUGCGGAAAGACCACCUUAUUACAAGCAUUAGCAGGCGAAUCAGAGAAAUCGCUCGAGGUUAAGGGAGAGAUUUCCUACAAUGGUCACAAGCUGAAUGAGUUUGUUCCUCAGAAGACUUCAGCCUAUAUAAGCCAAUAUGAUUUGCAUAUUUCCGAGAUGACCGUGAGGGAGACGCUGGACUUCUCUGCGCGUUGUCAGGGCAUCGGAGGAAGGGCAGACAUAUUGAAAGAAGUUAGUAAAAGGGAGAAGCAAGCAGGAAUUAAUCCAGAGCCAAGCAUAGACACAUACAUGAAGGCAAUAUCAAUAGGAGGACUGAAAAGGACACUCCAAACAGACUACAUAUUGAAGGUUCUUGGACUCGACAUCUGCGCAGAUAUAGUUGUAGGGGAUGCGAUGAACAGAGGAAUUUCUGGCGGUCAAAAGAGAAGGUUGACAACUGGGGAAAUGAUAAUUGGUCCGGCGAGAGUUUUAUUUAUGGACGAGAUAUCAACGGGUUUGGACAGCUCUACUACCUUUCAGAUCAUUACAUGCUUGCAGCAAUUGGCACACAUAACAGAGUCCACUAUUUUGGUGUCGCUUCUUCAGCCAGCACCCGAGACUUUUGAUCUCUUUGAUGACAUAAUUCUAAUGGCAGAGGGACAUAUCGUGUACCAUGGACCUCGGACUGAUGUUCUCAAGUUCUUUGAACACUGUGGUUUCAAGUGUCCGACGAGAAAAGGCAUUGCUGACUUUCUCCAAGAAGUAGUUUCCAAAAAGGACCAGGCACCAUACUGGCAUCACAAAGACCGGACUUAUAAUUUCAUAUCUCCAAGCACGUUUGCAAGGAUGUUUAAAGAAUUUCCAAUGGGAAAGAACCUAGACGAGGAUCUUGCCAGGCCUUUCGUGAAAACUGAGCUUCACAGAAGUGCCUUAUCUUUCGAAAUUUACUCGUUAAAAAAGUGGGAGUUGUUCAAAGCGUGCCUUUCGAGAGAAUGGCUCCUCAUGAAGUGCAACUGGUUUGUUCAUGUCUUCAAAUCAGCGCAGCUUGUGGUCAUUGCAGUUAUAACAGUGACCGUCUUCUUGCGCACACGAAUGGAACUCGAUUUGGUGCAUGCGGAUCUGUUCAUGGGCUCCCUAUAUUACGCUCUCAUCCGACUCAUGGUUAUUGGCAUUCAGGAGCUGGCAAUGACGGUUUCCAGACUUAGAGUCUUCUACAAGCAACGAGAUUUUUUCUUCUACCCUGCAUGGGCUUAUACCAUUCCAGCAGCCGUAUUGAAAAUUCCAUUCUCUUUACUUGAUGCGUUUCUGUGGACAGCUAUUACCUAUUAUGGAGUUGGUUAUAGUCCUGAGCCACAAAGGUUCUUUAAGCAAUUGAUCCUGCUCUUCCUAGUGCAUCAAGUAUCAAUAUCAAUGUUCCGAUUGAUAGCUUCCAUGGUUCAAAACCCCCCGGUUGCAGCAAUUUCCGGUCUAUUCUCCUUACUUGUUUUGUUUUUAUUCGGUGGCUUUGUCAUCCCAAAACCUUCUCUACCUGGUUGGUUGAAGUGGGGUUUCUGGUUAUCUCCAUUGUCAUAUGCAGAAAUAGGUGCUUCAGUUAAUGAGUUUCUCGCUCCGAGGUGGCAAAAGGUUUCAUCUCUUAAUGGCACUCUGGGGCAACAAGUGCUCAAACAGCGUGGUCUAGAUUUUAGUGACAACUUUUACUGGAUAUCAGUUGGGUCAUUGAUUGGAUUCUGGCUGGUCUUCAACAUUGGGUUCACCUGUGCUCUGAGUUUUUCUAAAGCUCCGAGUAGAUCUCAAGCUGUUGUCUCUAGUAAGAAGCUCUCCCAGCUGGGUAAAGACAGAGACAUUAACCGUCCUACUCUAAGAGAACAGGUGGCUAACAACGAUACUGCAAUAACAAAAGUUAGGGGGAUGGUUUUACCAUUUGAACCCACAACUCUAACAUUCGAAAACGUUCGGUACUUCGUCGAAACACCCAAGAAAAUGAGAGAGCAAGGUUUCCCAGAGAGAAGACUACAACUUCUUCGAGAUAUUACCGGAGCACUCAGACCCGGAGUCCUAACGGCUUUGAUGGGCGUCAGUGGCGCAGGGAAAACAACAUUAAUGGAUGUUCUUUCAGGAAGAAAGACUGGCGGUUUUAUCGAAGGAGACAUAAAGGUUGGAGGGUAUCCUAAAGUUCAAGCUGCGUAUGCCAGAAUAUCUGGCUACUGUGAGCAAACCGACAUACAUUCUCCACAAGUUACAAUUGAGGAAUCAGUGGCAUACUCAGCUUGGUUAAGGUUGCCAGCCCACAUUGACACAAAUACGAGAGCCGAAUUUGUGGCUGCAGUACUUGAAAUGAUUGAGCUAGAUGACAUAAAAGAUGCUAUAGUUGGUGCUCCUGGUGUAACCGGUAUAUCAACUGAGCAGCGUAAACGGCUGACUAUAGCAGUGGAGCUUGUUGCUAACCCGUCGAUCAUAUUCAUGGACGAACCUACUUCUGGUCUUGAUGCCAGAGCAGCCGCCAUUGUAAUGCGAGUCGUGAAGAAUAUUGUUAGCACAGGGAGGACAAUUGUGUGUACAAUUCACCAGCCAAGCAUUGACAUAUUUGAGGCUUUUUACGAGCUAAUCCUGAUGAAAAGAGGAGGUGAAAUGAUAUACUCUGGAGAGCUUGGCGAGCAUUCAAAUAAGCUUGUUGAAUAUUUUGAGAGUAUUCCUGCAGUGCCAAAAAUCAAGAAUAAUUACAAUCCUGCUACGUGGAUACUGGAAAUCACAAGUCCUUCGCUAGAAGAUCAACUUCGUAUAGACUACAGCGUCAUUUAUAAGGAGUCUGAGCGAUGCAGGACGAACCUAGAAUUAGUUAGAGAGCUAAGUUUGCCAGCGGCUGGCACAAAAGAAAUAAGUUUCUCUGCACGCUUCCCACAAAAUAGGUGGGAGCAGUUCAAAACAUGCUUGUGGAAACAACAUUUAACCUACUGGAGAAGCCCUAAAUACAACCUGGUGCGCCUGCUAUUCAUCACGGCAUCUUCCUUGUUGUGUGCCUCUCUCCUUUGGCAGAAAGGAAAGGAAAUAAAUGACGAGCAGGAUAUUCUCAACAUACUUGGAUCACUGUUUGCCUUUGUGCAAGUCACGGGGAUAGGCAGCUGCACUUCGGUUUUGCCAUUUGUUGCUGCCGAACGUAUCGUUGUCUACAGGGAAAGAUUCGCGGGAAUGUACUCGUCGUGGUCCUAUUCAUUUGCUCAGGUGGUCAUCGAAAUUCCAUACAUAUUCCUGCAAGCGGUUCUGUUUGUGCUGAUCACAUUCCCUGCCAUAGGUUUCUACGUCUCAUUCUAUAAAGUGUUCUGGUACUUCUACACCAUGUUUUUUACGCUGCUCUAUUCCAAUUACUUCGGAAUGAUGCUGGUUUCACUGACACCGACGUACCAAGUGGCUGCAUUGUUCGUGAGUUUUUCCUACACCAUGUUCAAUCUAUUCUGCGGGUUCCUCAUUCCCGGACCCGAAAUUCCGGUGUGGUGGCGUUGGUUUUAUUGGAUAUGCCCGAACGCGUGGUCAUUGAGAGGUCUGCUUAGUUCGCAAUACGGAGACAUCCAUAAAGAGAUCACAGUUCAUGGACAACAAACAACGAUCAGCGCCUUCCUGGAAAGUUAUUUCGGAUAUCACUACGAUCAACUCUAUAUCGUAGCCAUCGUGCUUUUGACCUUUCCGCUAAUUUUCACGUCUGUAUUCGCUUGUGCCAUUGCAAAAGUGAACUUCCAAAACAGAUGAAAGGGAGUGUAGAGACCGCUUCAUUGUAUGCUUCCACCUAGAAAGAUCAUGUAGUUUUCGAUAAUAGUGAUCAAUCAAGCCAUUGAAUUUCCAAAGCCGUUCAUUAUCAGAGCCUUCAACUGCUCUUUAAAUUCUCAAA